AUGUCCCUCCGCGCGACACUCCACAACAAGUGGUUUCCCUUACCACUCCCGCCCAAGGAUACAUUCAAGGGCCAGCGCGUCUUAGUGACAGGAGCCAAUACCGGCCUGGGCCUUGCGACGGCCAAGCACCUCCUGAACCUGAGCGCCGCCGAGGUGAUCAUAACAUGCCGAAACGCGACGAGAGGCAACUCUACCAAGGAGCGCCUCGAGAAGUCGAUACCCGGUAGUAAAGGCCGGAUUAGGGUCAUGGCACUAGACAUGGAUCGAUACGCAACAUGCGUGGAGUUUGUGAAUACAAUCAAGAAGGACUACUCUGACAAGGGCGGCCUCGACUACAUCGUCCUAAACGCGGGAACCCAUGAGGCGACCUACAAGAAAAGUCUGGAAGGCUGGGAGCAGGAUAUACAAGUAAACGCGCUGAGCACGACCCUGAUCGCCCUCCUCCUCCUCCCCUACCUCAAGGCCAUGCGCCCGCAUCGAACAUCACCUGCGCAUCUCGGCAUCAUCAGCUCCGGCACUCAUCUCAACAUCAAGAUAGAUGAGUGGAAGAAGUACCAUCAGCAAGGCGGCAUCCUGAAGCACUUUAUCCCUGCAGAAAACUUCCCCGGAUCCAUGUCGAUGUACUGUAUCAGCAAGCUCAUGGUCAUAUAUGCGGUGAGAGAGAUUGCCAAGCUGGCACUGGGAAGCGAUGGACAUACAUGCAGGCCCGACUUUAUCCUGAACCAUAUUUGCCCGGGCAUUGUCGCAACAGAGCUCUCCCGGUCCAUGAGAGCUCUGUCAAUCAUUUAUGAUAUUGGAGCACCUAUUUUCACAGGGCUUCUUGGCCAGAGCCCUGAGAACGGAUCAAAGAUUGUCCUCAAGGCUGGCUUGACGACCAAGGAAGAGCAUGGCAAGUUCAUCGUACGAUAUAUGACGGAUGAAGAGUACAAGAAGAAAUCCGAGCCAUUUGUCGGAAGCAGCCAGGGACAAGAGGUACAAGCACUGGUCUGGAAAGAAAUCCGAGACGAGUUGGUGGCCAAAGUACCUUCUGUUCAAGAAGCUCUUUUGUAG